CCGUCUCUUCUAUAAAAGAGUUCCACGGAGCUGCAGAGCGUUGUGUUGUUCGGGAAUUAGUUUUGGGGUGUUAAGCAGAAGUUUCUCUGUAUAGACUAUUUACAUUGUCUUUUUUCGACAACAAAACAAAAGGUAACGUUAAUGGGUUUCCGGUGAGGCUUGCAUGUAGAGACAAUACAGAUUGUUAAGUGGAUAUUUUAAGAAAUUCAGAUGAAGACAAAAAACAUAAUGAAACCUUGCCUGCUGACCUGCCAGAACUGUGAUAGGCAGUAUGAGACAAUCAAGGACUUCAAAGUGCAUGUCCGGAGUUACAGCCAUAAAAAGGAAGUGGCCGCGUUUUUUCAGACAGCUGUACAUCAAGGACAAACUAUCUUUCCUGUGUUUGUUGUUAUGGACUACUUGAGGACCCCAAACCAAAGAGACCCGCUCAUUGGUCUGGACAUGGUGACAGUUUGUAUUACUCCAGAGAAAUAUGGUGCAUUCUACCUGUGUCAUGUUUGUGAGGAGCGUCUGAGCAGUCAGGAUAUUAACAAACAUCUAUGUUCUGUUGAGCAUUACUUUAAGUUCUUGGCCCACAGUAAUCCAGAGUUGCUGCGGUUUGCCUGGUUCAAGGAUUCUUUUUUGUAUCUACAGUCCAGUGCUCUGAAAGAAAACGGCACAAAUGGGUCUGGCACCUUGCGGAUUUUAGAGCUGCCCAAGAUGAUGCUGAAGAGGGGUAAAAAGCUGGCAUAUCAUCAAGUUAUGAUGAUGUUUUCCAAAACAGAAAAAUUGACAGAACGUGUGAGAGCUAACAGACCUAAGCGGAAAACACUUCAGGCCUAUAUCACCGACCCUGCCAGAACCAACCCUUUGCUUGGCUUGAACUUCCUGGUUGAGUACUCUUGUCCAGACAGUGAGUAUCACUGUGGGUAUCUCUGCAUUCUGUGCAAGAAGAAACUUCCAGCCAUUGACAGCAUCUCCCAUUGCAUCAGCUUUGAUCAUGUUUACUGGUACUUGCAAGAGGCUCACCCUGCAACCCUAGAAUGUCCCAAGAGUAGUUACACUCAAUACUCGUACAGUUUCCACAAGAAGAUCCUUUACCUGGCCAAUCAGGCACAGAAAGAAUGCCCACCAGGGGAAAUACAGAGUGUGCAUCUGGAUCUGUCAGGCUUUAAAGACAUUGACUCUUCCAGUUACAUGAAUGCUUUAGAUAAGCUGCAGCUGAAAAGACGAGAAAGAAAUCAAAGUGAAAUCAAAGCUAGUGUUACACCGGGAGAACGAAUCUUAUACACUCCAGAGGCCCCAGCAUCCUCUGCAAGCAUGGUGACCACAGUCUGCUCAGCAGAACAGGAAGCAGAGAAAACGCACAAAGACUAUGGCGCUCAAAAUGGAGACAGCAGCUGUCAAUUUAUUUUGUGUGUGGAAUGCGACAAGACAUUACCCUUCAUAUCGGAUUACAAGAAGCAUAUUAAAGGAAGGGAACACAAAGAGAAACUUGUUGACCUGUUUGGAUCAGGCUUGUACACUGGACCCAUUUCUGUGAUUACAUUGUACAGAUAUCUGUGGUCUCAACAUUUGAAGAAUUCAUCACCUCCACUGAUAGGUCUGCAGCUGCUCACAGUGCUUGUGGACAGGCAGAGUCAAUGGUCGAGCUCACCACUGUACCUGUGUCAUGCAUGCGAGAUCAACAUUUCAAAAUCCGCAUCUGAACACCUCACCUCCACACAGCAUUAUUUCAAUGUCUUUGCACACACAAAACCAGACCAUGUGUUUCUUCGUGCUCGGAAUUUGAACAAAAUCACCGAACUUGCACAAGAAGAAGAAGUGAGGCAGAGAAAAGAAAAGAUGGUUCUGAGGGUGUGUGAGAUUCCAAGUCACUUGUGGAUGAAGUUCAAGAGCCUGGCAUUUGAGAAAAUCAUGGCAACGAUUAGGAACCACCAUCCAAAGUUGAGCAACUGUAUUGAAGUUCCAAAGCGGGUGACGCUGCAGUCAUAUGCCAAAAGUUGUGACAGGAAGUCUCCACUGCUUGGUCUGCAGUUCAUGGUGAAGUACAGUACAACACAGCCUUAUCCAAAAUGUGGUUAUCUUUGCUUGCUGUGUGAAAGGAAGCUUUCUGAAAUGGAUGUCAUUGCCCACAUUUUGAGCUUUGCUCAUGUUUUCAACUACCUUAAUGUGGCGCACCCUGGUUCCUUGAGCAAGGAUGAUGAUCAGAUGUCACUGAUUGUAGACCUGGCAGAGCAGGCAGAGACAAUACAUCCUAAUGAAGCUUUGCAGGAAGUGGAACUAGACUUUGGGAAAUUUCAUAAACUUGACACAAACCUUUUCAAGACUGCUUUGGAAGCUUUGCAGUUGUUUUGUAGGGAAAAAGGACUAGGAGAACUAAAGCCAUCUCUUGCCCCAGGAGCCAAAUUGGUCUCCAGUCUGGAGAAGAAAAAUCCUCUGCAGUGUGUCCAAGAAGGAUGCCUUUCCACGCCAUCAAAGAGCCAGCAGAUCAACUUUGAUGCAACAUGCACAGAAACAUGCUUUCCCAAAACAGAUUUAAAAUUUCCUGACUCCCUUCCAAAACUCACGGAGCUUCCGAAAUCCACAGAUCCUGCAAAUUCAGCCUCCACAUGUGUACAGCCUGCUAAACCUUCAUCAGCCACCUCGCCACCUUUGCUGCUUCCUGAAGCAUCAUUAAACACUCAGCAACAUGACCCAAUGGAAUUGGACACAGAACCUCUCAGCCAAGCAAUGCCUCCUAACCACAGCCCAGCAGAGGCAAAAGAAUUCUACCAAACAGCAAAACCUCCUGAAACUCAAGAUUCAAGAUUUGCUCAACAGCAGAGCCAACUGGAACAAAAUAAAGAGGAUCUGUCAAAAGCUCCUCAGAAACAGAAGCAGGCUCUUAUUCACUUGAACAAGGCACAAGCAGUACCUCAGAUCCCACAUGCUGGCAGUGAACUGUGGAACUAUCUGAAGAUGGCAAACAGAGAACCUGUAAUAGGUUUGAAUUCUGUGAUUGAGUGUCACACUGAUGGGCUACCACCAUUCUACAUAUGUGUGUCAUGCAAAGAGAGAGUUACCGAGAACUCUAUAAUUAGACAUCUGACAAGUCGUGACCAUCAAAUAAUAUAUCUGAGGUCAAUAAAAUAUGCUCCUCUGCUGGCCAAAAGAAGAGUGAAGACAAAAUGGCUGAGAAACCAUGCCAUUAUGUUGGAGAAAACUGAAGGAUAUGGAGAGGCAAAGGUACUAGAGUUGGACGCUCAAGAUUACCAUCAGAUCUUCAAUGCUCCCAUUGUAACAGCACUUAAAAGCAUAAAGGAAAGUGAAGAAAAGGACAGCCCAUGUGGUCACCUAAGAGGAAAGGCAAUGUCAGAUGACUCCAAAUCUGACACGACUCUUAAACAACAUUCUGAUGACGAACCUCUCCGGAGUUCACCUCAUUUAUGGUCUUACCUGACUAGUUCCUGUAGAACAGAGCCUGUAAUCGGUUUGAGUGUGGUCACAGAGUACCGCAGUUCCUCUGGUCAGAACUCAUUUCUGUGCUCAAGCUGCAAAGUAAUCCUCCCUACCAGUAAAUAUAUGUGCCAUCUGAUUAGUCCACGCCACCGCUUUACCUACAUUAAAGAUAAUCACCCAAAGCUUGUGGAAAAGUGGAAAGAUACGAUUGACUUGACUUAUAAAAUCCCAGUCCUUAAAGAGAAGGCAAAAAUUGUGCAGGACAGCGAAGGCUGGGGACAGAUUAAGGUCGUGGAGAAGGAAUCUCCAAAACUGAAGGAGCAGGCAGCACAAAAUGCUGAGAACUCAGUCAAGGCUCAUGAAGCAGAGCCUCCUCAAACCAGUAGUGAAACAGUACACACAGAGCAGCAGGGCCAAAACACCAAGAGGCGAAAAUCUCUGAAACAGCUGAAAAAGAAGAAAAUCAACAAGGACAGUGCUUUGAUUGGGUUGAAUUUUAUUACGUGUGUGACUCAUGAUAAAAAGAAGCUGUUCUUCUGUGAACUGUGCUCUGUGAGGUGUCAUUUAGACCACAUGUCUAGUGUGACCCACAGAAAAACCUGUGUGGAACAUAGAUAUCCUGGUUGGACUGAAAGUGAUGCAAACAUGGAGAGGAUGAAUGAGAUUGUCUUACGUUUAGCAGCAGUGGAGCGAAGCACUGGGAUUGGAAUGAAGAAACUAAACGUUCCUGCUGAUGUUUUCACAGCCUUAAGGACUGCACCUAUCAAUGAUGCCCUGUCUCAGCUGAAAUUACAGCAGACAAAACUAGAGGCUGGAAUGGACCUAAAAGGUGGCCGUGCCUCUCCAGAACCCAAUUCUAACACAGCAACUUACUGUACACGUGGAACCUACAAUGAUAUUGACAAUCACAUGCCAUGUUCUGCUGCAGCUAGCAGCUCUUUGCAGCAAGAGCAAGCCCCCAUACUGGAGACGUCUAUGAUUCCAGAUGAAACAUCAAAUCCUCUGAGUGAAAGCCAUUCAGGCCCCAUACCUCUGGAUCCUUGCUCUGUUUCCUCUGUUCCUGUCUCAUCCCUUCCCACAUUACCCGCUCCUUGUGACACUUCUUCUUUAGACCUCCAUGCACCAGCUGAACCUUACAGCACAGUUUCUUCUCCACCACCAAGCAUACAGACUUCCCCUGUUCCUCUGCCUCCUCUUCCACCUCCUGUCCUUGACCUACCUCCUCUCCCCCCUCUUCCACCUCCUGUCCUUGACCUACCUCCUCUCCCCCCUCUCCCACCUUCUGACCUUGACCUACCUCCUCUCCCCCCUCUCCCACAUUCUGUCCCUGACCUACCUCCACUCCCCUUUUCCCCCAUUCCUCUGCCACCUCCUAUCCCUGACUUUCCUUUGCUUUCCUCUCAGCCUUUUACUUCCUCACAGUCACUCUCUUCAUCUCCACCCCUGUAUGAGCCCAUCUCUCCUCCUUCUCUGUAUAAGCCCAAUUCUCCUCCACCUCUGUAUGAACCCAUCUCUCCUCCGGCUGCAGCUGAGUGUCAGGCCACACCUUAUAUUGCCUCUCCGUAUUCUGCUUCUUACCAAACCUCCCCUUCGUCCAUCUCUCUGCUACAGCCCUCCAAGAGUCAUCCCAUGGAGGGUGAAGAUCAUGCAGAUGUGUGCACCCAGUCUAUGCUAAGAGAGGAGAGCAGGCCUCUGGUCACUGCACCACCACACAUGGACAUUGUUCUGAACCUGCCCACAGUGGAAGGGCAAAGCAACGCCUAUCUGUUUCUCAAUUUGCGGAAUCUUCCUAGUACAGAGCCAAUUAUAGGUCUAUCUAACAUUGUGGAGUGCCGAACAACAGUCCGGCCAACUUUAUUUUUGUGUCUGAAUUGUACUGAGAAGUUUAGCACAAAGAACUUUUAUUGCCAUAUGACCAGUGAGAAGCACCAAUACUAUUCCAUUAGGAUUCGGUAUCCUGGAAUAUUUCAGAAGUGGCAGUGGCAGACCAGUCAUAAGCUGACUAUUCGUGACUUGGCUAAGAGACUGGCAUUGGAGGAGCAGGGCUUAGAUGCCAAGGUCAUCAAGCUGGACCACAAGCAGUAUGACAGUGUGCAAUCAGCAGACUUCCUCAGUGCAAUUGAAAUACUACGGAGAAUAUAUGGACCAGAACACAGCCAGAGUUCUCUGCCUUUGCAUCUCACAGGCCAGACUCCAAGAGCAAGGUUACAGCGAUGGCACGUAGAGACUGGUAGAGAAACAGAUAGACAUCGGCCACAGCAAAACUGUGACCUCAAUCCAAGCCAAACAACACAACAUGGACUUCAUAACAGCCAAGUACCAGACAGGGCUUUUGAUAUGACACAGGGCAACCUUGAUAGAAGCACUGAAAUGAGCAGCCUCACCAGGGAUCGGCUACAGCACAGUCAAAGCCCUCAGAAAACCAGGAAGGGCCCAGAAAUGGCCAAUGCUCAGACACAACAGACUCAGCAUCAGUUUAAAUCACAACCAGGUCUAGCAGCAGAGUUUGAAAGCAGAAACAUUAGGCUUCACUCUCCUGAGACACAUACUGAAAGUACACCGGAAGCACCUGGUACAAGUUGUGCCAAUUCACAUUCUUCACAAACUCCGGAGUUAACUGGCAAAGAACAAAUAACUGCACAAACCUCUUCCUGUAUGAUCAGAAUUAAACAGGAGAAACCUGACUAUGAUGAGGUUUCUCCGGGGACAUGCGGUUUUGCAGUUCACAUUGCUCCUAGUGCGGAAGCACCGAGUUCUAGAGAAGCUACAGGAAAUCCAUUCAAGCACACAACUGACCUGAAAGAAUAUCUAAGCAGCAAAAGAGCAGCGUCGGACGCUGUGGUUGGUCUGAGCUCAGUGAUUGUGUGUCAAAGUGAGGGUCAGGCGCCACUGUACUUGUGUGUAUCCUGCUCCAGCAAACUUAGCCAUGACCUCAUCAUCAACCACCUACUGAAGCCUGGCCACCGAGAUAGUUAUCUGAGGCACCGGUACCCCUGGUUGUUUGAGGACUGGUCUGAUUCUGAUAGUAGAACUCAAAGGUCUGCGAUGCUUAUGCGGCUUGCUCACCAAGUGGAGAAAAACUUUGAGGAUGAGCCAGGCCAGCUACAGGAGAUGGAAGUACAGUGUGCUGUCUUGACAGAAAUUAAAAGCCUGUCAUUUGAUAAAGCUAUCAUACAGUUACAGAAGAUUAGAAAAGGGCAGAGGCUUUGUGCACUCCAAACCUGCGUUUCCCCCAAGACCCGAAAAGUUUUGGUGAAACAGGAAAAUGUAGAGACAGAAGUGACGAAGCAGCGUUUACCACAGCUUGCUGAUUUACCGGAGAUAAUUGCACAGAGGCCAAAGACAGCUUCUAAGCGCAGGGCUGCUGAACCAGAUUCACGCCAUGAGUCGCCGACACUUGUUAAACAAAUCAAACUUUCAAGUGCUGUGACCUCCAGUCAAAAAACGCUCCAACAACCCAAACACUGGACCUGUGACCAACAAAUACCUAGUCUUCCUAGCCCACACACUCCUAAAAACAGUGCCCAAAUAACCACCACAACUGUGGUUUCCUCUAAAGAGUCAUCACCUCAGAACCAUGCUAACACUCAGCAGAAACCCAGGCAUUUUAAUGCUGACCUGUCGCAUGUUUCUCUUCCCAGUUCUGAAGCUAGUCCCCCUAGACCCAAAGUCCAAUACUCAUGUCCCACUCAAAAGGCAACCACCUCAAUCAAGCCCUCUCAGAAAUCAUCAGUACAAACAAAUUCAGUGGUUAAAACCAAACCCAAAAGCUCAAUUCCAGACACUCAUAAAGCUCGUCUUGCUGCAUCAGAUCCUCGAUUGGUAGCUAAGACAGCUUCAGACUGCCCUGAGCAAUCCGGAUCAGUUAUCUCCAAGACUUGUUUAAAAAGGCAGCUUUCUGAAAGCAAGGCUCUCUCCUCAUUAUCUAGGACACAGUCCACUGAUGACCCUCCCAGUCAUCUGAGAUGGUCACCUUUAGAAUGUCCAGCAAAGAGGAGAUGCUCAGAUGAGGGCUUGGAUAACCUUUCUCAAGUACAGAAAGAGAGGUCCAUUUUGUCCACAGUCCUUCCAGACAGAUCACAGUCUUCUCAUUUAAACUCCUCAAGAAGUUCAGACCCCAGUACCCAUACUGAGCGAGCUACCUCAAAUCAGCCUUCGCUUUCAUCUAAAAACAGUGAUGGGCGAGCUUUGUCUUUUACCAUCUUGCCACCUCAGCAAGAGUUUCCCUGUCCUAACACAAGUUCCAUUAGUGCUCCAUCCAUGGAGGCACAAGGGCAGGAAAUUGCUCGGCUUCAUGAGAGACCCUUGGUGAAAAAGAGAUCAACUGAAAAUGCCUGGAAUUAUGAAAAUCGACAGUUUAGCUCUGACACACUUAAUACAAACCUAGAGGCUGCCCCCUCUGGUGAGGCUGACCGGAAAGUUCCUGUUAAGGAUACAGACAUCUCAACCUUUGCUGGUGUGGAUAACACCGCCAUGUCAUACCCGGUUCCAGCACAUAAUGCUAGUGCUAGUUUAUAUUUUUCUACAGCAUCAGAAUGUGGCGGAACUACCUCUGUCACUAGUCCAGUGAUACCUGGAUAUGCCAUGCCUUAUCCAUAUUUUGGAUAUAAGCAAGCUGAUUAUACCCAAGCCAAUGUUACAUAUAGUAGUAGAGCACAUAAUUACACCGUGGCAACAGAUAAAAGCGGCAUAAAUGCUCAAUCUGCUGCUGCAGGUACUCCUACAAAUGUUAGAUACUUCACUGACAAUAAUCCAGCUUACACAUCCCAACUAGUUUAUCAGUCUCAACAAGUUUACCAGCCCCUCCAUGCUUUCCAGUCUCCAGAGGCUUAUCAGGCCUACUAUGCUUUCUGUGCUUACAAUCAAGUACAUCAACCAAACCAGCCGACCGCAUUCAGUGGAAAUGUCACGUCAGCUGCUUCUGCACAUGAACACAUGCCCACCAACUAGGGGGCCACAAAAGCAGAACUGAAGAAAUCUUAUACCACGUGUAGUCAUGUAAAAGGGGCCUUAUUUUUCUCUGUUUUAAACAACUUUUGCUCUGAUAACUGUUUCAUUUUCUUUUGUUGCAAUUACUUGAAUGUAAAUACUUUUGAAAUGUUGUGCAGCAAGUGGUGUAAUUCCUUUUAUUUGGCCAGACACUUGUGCCUUUGUCUUGUUCUGUUAGAUAUACUACAAAGAGCCUGUUUUGUGUAUAUAUUUUUAACACAGUUUUACAAUCGGUGUUAAUGUUUGUUCCAGAAAGGAAAAUUCAUUCAAUUUAUUUAUUUUU